AAUAAAUUAAAGAAGAUGACUAAUGUUUGGAAUAAAUUAACAACACAAUUAAGCCGUCUUCGUUCAACAAAUUCCCUUUCCACACUUAACCAAAAACAUUUAAUUAAAGCAGCAACGGCCGCAACAAGGUCAAAAAGCUCUGAAAAUUUGAAUAGAAUUAAUUUAGGGAAUAAACAAUUGUUAAUUUCUUCAAUAAAUAAUUGUGAAUUAAAUGGGGAUUAUCGUUGUCCUUGUUGUCAACAACCAACUAAUUUAUCUUCUCCUUCCGCUGCAUUCUCACAAGCUUUGAUAUUAAAUAAAGCAAAUAACAGCACAACAACAACACCAAAAAAUUCUGAUAUUCCAAGCAAUGGAUUUUGUAGUGGAGGGAAAGAGAGUGGAUAUUCUAGUGCUAGUCCUAGAAGAAAAAAUUUGCACAAAACAGCCACAGUUGGUGUUGUCGGUAAUUUAACAUCAGUCACAACCUCCUCUUCCGCUUCUCAACAAUUUUUUCAAAAAUUUCGUUCUCGCGAAAAAAAUCGAGAAAAAGAUGGUAGAGACAGUUUUUAUUGUUCUUCGUCUGCUGCAACUUCUGCUGGGACUUCAACAAGCAAUAAUACAACAAAUAAUACAAACUUAAUUGUAAAUGGUAGUGAAUGUAAUUUUAGUUGUUGCACUCAGAAAAAGGGUUGGUGGCGCUCUUCAGUUCAUUCCCAUUUAACAACAACAGAAAACGAACAAACAUUAAACGACCAACAACAACAGCAAAACAUUCAUUUUAGACGCCCAUCAGAACCAACAAUUUCAAACGAACAUAACAUUCAAAGAAAUACCCAAUUAAAUAAUUAUUCUGAUUUAACUCCAAAUUAUUUAAUUUCUCCACCAAAAAAGAAAAUUGGGCCAAAAAAGACAAAAUCUACUUUUGCUAUUUUAUUUCCACAUAAUUUUCACCCACACCUUCCAAUGAGCUUUUCUUGGAAUAAUAAUUUAUCAAGUGCUUCUUCCCCUUCCCAUAAAUCAACAAAAACAAAGAAAACACAACAACAACAACCGCCUCCUGAUCCUGCCCCAGAAUAUUUUGAUGAAUAUAAACAAACUGUUCGGGCAACAGAUGAAUUUGGUGAAUUUAUCCAACCUAAACAACAAAAUGGGGAUAUUAUUAAUUUAAUUAAUAAUAAAGAAAUAACAGAACAACAACGAAGGAAACAUUCUAAAAGAAGAAAACAGUCUUCCUCUUCAGGACAAAAUCGAAUCCGGGACGUCCUGUAUGCUUCGAUGUGCCUCGACGAGCUGAAUCGAACCGUACAAGGGCGCCCCGGAUUCGACAAUUCUGAACGAAGUUAUAGCUCUGCGGUACCUUGGGAUGUACCCGGUUUUAAUUGUUCCUUACCUAACCAAUUAAUUGUUAAUUAUUUUAAUCAAAAUCCCUACUUAAUAACCACUCUCUUUUCUUUUAGACUAGUCAAUGCCCUCCUGUGGGGCCGUUGGCGUUCCAAUUCAAAAAACAAAUAUUGUAGUAACAAAAUUAACGGAAAAGUAAUAGAAACAGUUGUAAUUAACAACGAACAAUAUGAAAAGUCUGGGCGGAAACAAAAACGUUCACGUUCCGUCGGGGCAAAUCAACAAAUGCGUAUAUCGACAACAAUGUGUUCCGGUGCCCUUCCAAUGGAUUCCUCAGAAAUUGUUGGAGUAAAGAAAAAUUCCUGUUGCAGUAAUGGAGAGGAAAAGCAUUCUUUAAUGUUCGGAAAUAUGUCUUUUUUUGAUGAUGUACAUCCUGCUUAUUGGGGUUUUCGUACUCCGCAAAGCGAAACUUAUUAUUCAUGUACGGGUGCUACUGAAGAUGAACCUAAAUCUCCCGCCUCCUCCGGUACUUCCUCCUUUGGAAGCAACAGAAAUUCAUUGGAUGUCUUUAGACGUCUUGAAAUGUUGGGCGAAGGCAGUUAUGCUACUGUUUGGAAAAGCGAAAAUCGAAUUGACGGGUCAAUUGUUGCUUUGAAAGAAAUUAGAUUGCAAGAACAGGAAGGACUUCCAUUUACUGCCAUACGUGAAAUUUCUCUUUUACGCGCGCUUCGACAUGCAAAUAUUGUACGUCUACAUCAAAUAAUAAUUCAACAACCAAAAGCUUUAGUACUUGUUUUUGAAUAUAUGAAAACUGAUCUCGCCAAAUAUCUCGAAAAUUAUUCUCCAAAUGGUUUGGAUCCAUUACAAACUAAAGUUCUUUUAUUUCAAUUACUUCGCGGGUUGGCUUUUUGCCAUGAAAGGAAAAUUUUACAUAGAGAUCUCAAACCCCAAAAUUUACUUCUUUCAAUAGAAGGAGAACUUAAAUUAGCAGAUUUUGGAUUGGCUAGGGCUAAAUCUGUUCCUAGUCGAACAUAUUCACAUGAUGUUGUUACUUUAUGGUAUCGACCCCCAGAUGUCCUUCUAGGUUCCACUGUUUAUUCAACUUCUUUGGAUAUUUGGGGUGUUGGAUGUAUUUUUGCUGAAAUGUGUAGUGGUUCUGCUUUAUUUCCUGGUGCUAAUGAGGUAUCUGAUCAACUUCACAAAAUAUUUUCUGUUCGAGGCCUUCCAAAUUUAGAAUUAUGGCCAGAAGUUGUUAAUUUACCUAAAUGGUCACUUUUUACUUUUCCAAAUACUUAUAUUGAACUUGAUUUGUUAACUUAUCAGCCAGCUUUUUAUAAAUUGGGUGAUGAAGGAUUAAAAUUAAUUACACAAUUAUUACAAUUAAAACCAACAGAUAGAAUAUCUGCUGAAGGAGCAAUGCUUCACAAAUAUUUUGACGAAUUACCAAAAACAUUACAUGCUUUAUUACCUAAUGAAUCAGUAUUUUCUGUAAUUAAAAACUGUCCUUUUAAAUGGAAUAACAACAAAAUUAAAAAUUUAAAUAAUUAUUUUGAUACAAAAUUAGUACAAAAUAUUGAUGGAUUUACAAAUAAUUAUUUUUGA